GCACCGAUAUGCCUGUGGAUUGAGAUGCCCCUCGUUUUUUCUUCUUGUCGCUUUUCCCUUCCUGAUGCGCUCAAGUAAUCCAUACGGUUUUUGUUUUCUUCUUUGCGCUCCUCCGCUGUCGCACAAAUAUAUAUAUAUAUAUAAAGACUCUCAUUUUCCUGAUGAGGUAGGUUUCUUUGGCGCUUUGACGUUGCUUGGCACACCUUCGCUGUGUGACUUUGUUGCUGCUGCGGCGAUGUAAGGUAAAAGAAUUUGAGUUGUGGUUACGAUACAGCACCACUGCAAUAGCGGGCUUGUUGGUCUCUCAUUCGCUUGCCGGCUACCCGUGAGUGCGAGAUUUGGGUUCACUGCUGCAGAGCCUCGUCUUGCAACAGCAAAAACACAAAGUAAGUAAUCGAGCGACAAAGCAGGGAAAAGAAGAAGACGUCUUACACAACAACAUAGGAUACCUAAUGGUUCCUGGGGAAAGGAGAUGCAAGCUCUUUCUUCCCCACAAGGCAAAGCUCUUUCAUAACGGUGAGGGACUGCUUCUUUUUCAGUGGAUCUUUGUCUCGUGCUGGCCGGGCUGAUGAGUCCCCAAAGUGUCACGUCUCAUGUUGUAAAGGAUGCCAACAAGAAUAAUACUAGUAGGCGAACUUUAUCAUCUCAUACUCGUCGCGUUUACUUCCUUCUUUUCCUCUCCUUCUCAGAUUUCCCCCCUCCUUCGCACACACUCGCCUCUUAUUUUGGAAAAGCUCCAACGGCUUCACCUUAUCUCGCUGUGUAUCUCUUUUUUUUUCUUUUUACAUUGUCUUUCUGUUCUAUUUAGCUGACUUCUUUUCAUCAUAAAAGGUAUCCCAGCCUGUACGCAUCGCAUUUUCUCCUGUGCUUUUUCUCUCUUAUCCUAUAUCAUUACCUUAUAUAUAUCUCCGCCUCAAAGCGUCGAAACUUAAACGCCUCCAAACAAAAUACAAAAUGCCCGCUCCUGCCGCUCACACCCUCUUUGGCCUCGCUGACCUGAAGGUCAACGCGCGCUUUCUGUCCAACGUCGCCUUCAUGGCCUCUGCCGAUAAGCCCGUGGAGACGCCGACACUGAUCGGCGACUACGCCAUGAGCGAGAUGUGCGUGUCGAAAGCCGAGACGGAGGAUCUAAAAAUGUACCUCGGCACCCUCCGCAGCGAUGGCCAGAAGAAAUUCGUUAGCCAGGUCGUGGAGAAGCUGCGUGCCGCGGCCGCGCAGACCCGCAACCGCGCCGUUGCCGCCGCCGCCGACACGAUCGAGAGCGACUUUGCGCACUUGGCGAAGGUGUUCUUCCUGCGCGUGCGCUCCUACGAGGUGAUCAAAGUCUCCGCCGAUAAGUCGGUUGGCCGCAUUGUGUGCUUUCCGGAUCAGAUCUCCGACGACUACGGCAACAACCUGGAGGAGCACAACGAGACAGGCAUCAUCCAGAGCCUCGUCGACCGCUCCCACAACGCGGACAAGCUGCCAACGGUGUACGUGGGACACGGCCACGGCGCGGCCAUGGCAGAGGUCUGCGGCUGCGCGACGGGGCGUCAGUCCAUCAUCUUCGACGGCAGCAUCCUCUCCACCCUGCUCGUCUUGAAUGCCGUAACACACAAAUGCGUGCUGUCGGAGCCGGGCGACGAUGACGUGCCGCACGAGUUCAACUUGAUGAACUACCGCACCGAGGCAACCAUUACCACGCAGGACGCUAUCAUCAAGCCCAUCCAGACAGCCGCUGAGGAGGUCCUCGCGGAGGAGAAGGCAGAGGAAGAGGCGGCUGCGGAGGAGGCCAAUAAGAACGGCGGAGGGAAGAAAGAGGAGAAGGCGGACGCCGAGAGCAAGAAGAAGGAGGAUGAACAGCAGAAGGCCGCUAUGGCGUGGUUUGACAACCGAGUGUGGCACAAGAUCGGAGGCAUCGUCAGCCCCGCCGCGAGCAACCACUUCGAGCGCACCGGCCGCUACAACGCGAAGGCGCUUAGCGACAUGCUGCUGGACUACACCGCCUCCGUUCGCCCCGCUGAGGAUCCUUUCAAGCAGGAGUAG